UUGUAUAAAUUCACUAUCCGACUCGGCUUUUUCACAGUUUGAACUUGUCACCAUGAGAGUCCUAUUUGUUAUAUCAGCAGUGAUAGCUUUGGGCGUUGCUCAGAGUCCUCGUGCCAGUUUGUCCGCAAAUGGCGUAGAUGGGCGGUACUACCCCAGCGAUGAAGGACAAUAUCGGCCAGACAACUCAGGAUCGUACUACGGGGGCGACGAUGGGUCGUACCACCCUGAUAACAGCGGUGCCUACGUUUCCGACGACUCGGGCAAAUACAGCGGAGAUUACGAGAGAUAUGUCCACACGGCGGAUCAGUUCGGAGGCAGCGGAGGCGGCGGUGGCGGCGGCGGCGGCGGUGGCGGCGCUGGUGGUGCUGGCGCAGGUGGAGCCUUCGUUGGGGGUGGCAGAAGGGGGCCUGCUACCGCUGUUUUGGUGGCGGUACAACCUGUCAGAACUACCGGUACUAUUAGUGGGUCAUUUGGCGGAAGCAGGGGUACCUUUACAGGUAGUAGGGUAACUGGUGUUACCGGAUCUAGGGUUAGUUCCAGCUCUGGGGGUGCUAGCAGUGGAUUUAGCAGUUCCGGAAGCCUUAGCGGAUCUGGAGUAAGCACUUUUGGUAGUGGAACCAGAACUGGGGGUAGUUUUGGAAGUUCCGGUACUCUUAGCGGAUCCGGAGUAAGCACGCUUACUGGUACGAGAGUUAGUGGUAGUUAUGGCAGUACCGGUAGUGUUACCGGAUCUGGAGUAGGCACGGUUACUGGUUCAAGAAUUAGUGGUAGUUAUGGCAGUACUGGUAGUGUUACCGGAUCUGGAGUAGGCACGGUUACUGGUUCGAGAAUUAGUGGUAGUUAUGGCAGUACCGGUAGCGUUACCGGAUCUGGAGUGAGCAGUUUUGGUAGUGGAACCAGAACGGGGGGUAGUUUUGGAAGUUCCGGUAGUCUUAGCGGAUCCGGAGUAAGCACGCUUACUGGUACGAGAGUUAGUGGUAGUUAUGGCAGUACCGGUAGUGUUGCCGGAUCUGGAGUAGGCACGGUUACUGGUUCAAGAAUUAGUGGUAGUUAUGGCAGUUCCGGUAGCGUUACCGGAUCUGGAGUAAGCAGCUUUACUGGUAGCAGAUAUGGGAGCGUUAGUGGAUCUAGACUUAGUUCCGGCUCUGGUGCUGCUUCAGGAGCCGGUUUUGGUAGUGCCGGUGGUGCCGAAAUUUACAAAGUCAGUCAAGGUUCCGGCUCUGGUUUUUAUGACAACAGGAAUUACGCCAUUAUUCGUAAACAAGAACAAGUAGGUGAAGAUGGAUACCAUUACGUGUAUGAAACCGAAAAUAAAAUCUUGGGCGAAGAACAAGGAAAGUUGGCCAAUGUAGGGACAGAAGAUGAGGCAAUACAGGCUAAUGGAUACUACGAAUACACCGGUCCUGACAACGUCGUGUACAGGGUGGACUACACAGCCAAUGAAAAUGGUUUCCUUCCUUCAGCUGCCCAUAUACCACAACCACCACCAAUUCCAGAAGCCAUUGUGCGUUCUCUCGAAUACCUGCGAUCCAUUGGGAAGUUAUAAUUUAUUUUCAAAUUAAUGGAAAACUCCCUUUUAUGUUCGAUUUAAUUAUACCAUGUAUAUACUGUAAUUAACGAUAAAA